AUGCAUGACACCUCUCGGCGUCAGUUCCUGCAGGCUGGAGUUCUACUCGGAGCCUCUCCUCUCCUCCCCCUCCCGCAAGACGCUGCUCAUGCUGUCGAUAUGAGAUGGCCCGAGCUGCUGGCAGCGCAGGGAAGCAAGGAUGUGGGAGGGGUGAAACUUCCUGCCGUGGGGUUCGGCACCUACAACACGAAGCAAGGCAUCGCCAUGCAGGCGGUCGAGAUUGCCUUGUCGCAAGGAGUUCGGCACAUCGAUACAGCAGCAGCAUACGGCAACGAACAAGACAUCGGCAAGGCGUGGAGAUCGUCUGGUCUGUCGAGGAGCGAGAUCUUUCUCUCGAGCAAGCUUGACAGGCAGCAGCUCGGAAAAGGGAAAGUAAGAGAAGCCCUGCUGCACAGCCUCCAAGACCUCGGCACCGACUACCUCGAUGUGUUCUACAUCCACUCUCCUCUGUCCUCCAAGCAGGUCAUUCUCGAGUCUUGGUCGGAGCUUCAGGAGCUUAAGGAGGAGAAGCUUGUCCGGGCUGUCGGCGUCUCCAACUUUGGGAUCGAAGUCAGUCCCUUCAACCAGAGGAGGCAGAUCGUGAGCUGGUGUGAGGCCAACGGCUGUGCGGUCAUGAGCUCCUCCUGGUCCAGACUGUCGAACAAGGAGACGGGAGCGAAGUAA